AUGUCGGGGUCCAUAGCAGGAGCCAUCAAUAUGGAAGCCCACCUGUCUGCCCCCGAGAGGGUCAGCGACUCCAAAAGGAGCUCCCAGAGGAGCUCCCGCUUAAGUUCAGGGAUCAGCACUCCAAUGAGGCUGAGCAUCCAUCCCUCCGUCACCUGGGGAGGCUCUGACUCCGAAUCCGACCUCGUAUCUGGCACUCAGCCCCCAGCGGCACCACAAACACCCAAGCUCCCUGGUCUCCUGAGCAAAGCAGGCCGCUUGGUGUGCUCCUCUCACAAAUUCCUCAUGAGGAUCGCAGCCUCCCACGAUGAGGCCAGCAACAGGCAGCUGGAGGACCAGAUCAACUAUGACCAUCUACGGAAACUGGAGCGCAUGUUCCGGGAAGCGGACACUGACGGUGGAGGAGGACUGGACAUUGAAGAGUUCCGGAAGGCGAUGAAGAAGAUCAUGGGGGACAUUUCGGACGAAGAUAUCGACGUCAUUUUCAUGAAGGUGGACAUCAACUGCGAUGGUGCCGUGGACUGGGAGGAAUACCUGAAUUAUAUGCUCCGUGAAUACCGGGGGAAGGACGACAUGAUGAAGAACAAAUUGAUCCCAGAGUUCCAGACGAACAUGAAACGUGUCCCAGUGGCUCAUUCGGAGGAAAUAGUCAAGAUCCAGUUCUUCCCAAACCAGACCCGAGGCAGGAAGGAUAGGCCCAGGAAAGCAGGGGCCCGUUCCACCCCAGGACGCUUCCUCACCGUGAGCAGAGACGGGAUCCUGCACUAUUGGAGCGACUCCUUCAAAAUGCUCCGGACGGUUUAUCUGGACCAGACCAAGCGGCGCCACACUUUGAAACUCUGGGUGAUUGACAUGCUCUGCCUGGCGAAUAUCAAUCUGUUGGCCAUUUCAACCACCGACCAGGAUAUCGAGUUCUUCGACAUCAGUGGCAACAAAUGUGACCGGCUUUUUACCAUUGUUGACUUGGAGGGGUGCGCUACAGCCAUGGAUUACUGGACAGAUGGACUCAGAGGCGUAUUCUGCGUUGGUGACGUCAAAGGCAACGUCCUGAUCUUCACGUCCACGGAUGUGAUAACGAACGGGCUUUUCAAUGUCCGCGGCUACAUCGGUGGCUUAGCCAGGGUCCCGGUGAACAUCGUCCUGAAAACAAAGUUGGAUGUGUACAGGAAUUUCACCAUUUCCGCUCUGCAUGGGGACUGGGUCCACCAGAUCAUGUACGUCUCCCAGCUCAACCUGGUCGCCUCCUGCACUCCCGUGGAAAACAGCGCCAUGGCCCUGACCUAUCUCCCCACGCACAUCGAGGGCAAAAUCCAAUCAGCUGUGAUAGUUCUGAAGAAAGGCAUCCUGUGCUUUGACUACUCCCCGGAGCUCAAUAUCCUUGUGACGGGGGGAUAUGAGGCCGAGAUCCGAAUCUGGAACCCGUAUGUCACCAGCAGCUCCAUCACUCAGCUCAAAGGCCAUGGCACGGCCGUCACUCACAUCAUGAUCAACAGGGAGAGGGCCACCAUCGUCAGCCUCUCCAAAGACAAAAACAUCCGCAUUUGGGAUCUACUGGAUCACAUUUGCUUGCAGUCCAUUCACAGCAGGAAUGUCCCGCUGGGGAACUGCCCCAUCUCGGCUGUGUACUACCACUUCCCUAACAAUUUCCUGGUUUGCGCCACUUACACGAUCGGCGUCUUCUUUGCGGCAGAUUCUGCUGAAAUAGAACUCAAGUCCCAGGAGCAGCCACUUUGUUCUGCCUUGUACAACAGGAUCUUUAAGCAGGUGGUGAGCGGCUGCUACAGCGGCCUCAUCACCGUCUGGGACGUCUUGUCGGGGCAGAAGCUCAUGGAGUUCUCCACUUCGCCUGUGCAGCCGGUGGAGAUCACCGCCAUGAUGUUUGAUCCACCGGAGAGGCGUCUGAUCACGGCCUUGAAAAACGGGACCAUCAAGCUGUGGAACUUCAACAACGGGGCCUGCCUCUUUGAGCUGCCCUUUGAGGACAAGAGCGAGAUCAGCUGCAUCCUUUAUAUGAACUACAAGAUUUUUGUGUCAGGUUGGAGCAAGCGGGUGACAUGGUACCUAGAUGUCAAAGAACACGACAAAGUGAUUGAAAGCAAGCACUGGAAGUCCUACCACUCUGAUGAUGUCGUUUGCAUGGAUGGUCACAAAAACAAGCUGCUGGUGACGGCGUCUUGCAAUGGAGACAUCGUGCUCUGGAACGUCAACUCCGGCCAGGCCUUCUGCCGCUUCAAUGCCUCCGAAAGUCCAUUGACGCUUCUGCCAAAACGGGAAUUCUCUGUGGACAUUGAGAGCACGAUGCUGAACCCACGGAAGGCGCCUGAUUUUGCAAGUAAUACCGGGAAGAAGCUGUGGGCCUACACCAGGACUACGGUUUCCACAAAACCCUCUCUGCCCCAACGGCCCUCCAGUGCAGUCCAGCCUUCGAUGUCUUCAAUCCUCCGCAGGCCUCCGGGCUCUGUCCAUCUUGGGAGCCGGGUCAUGCAGCCUCAGACAGCAUGGAGCUCUGAAGUAGGCGGGAGGAGUGCCCAUCCUUCUCAAAUACCAAGCGCUGGUGAGACCAUCACACCAAAGAAGGAUCCGCUCACCUGGCAGGAAGGAGUCUCUGCCUCCCCAGCAGCCGUGGAGAAGGUUCUCUUUCUCAAAACCCGCGAGCGUGCUCCAGACACCGCGAUCUUGCUGAGCAGCUGCACAGAUGGGUACAUCUACGCUUGGGCUCUUGGCAACAAAGGAGGCCUGAUGGGCAAAUUCCGCGCAGCCCACAAACCCGGCCAGCUCUCCUCUGUCUGCUCUAUGUGCACUGACGACAACGACUUGGUCCUCUUCACUGCAGAUUCCUUGGGAUACAUCAAGAUCUGGGACAUCAUGAAGUACUGCACUCCAUCCAAGGGUGAAGAAUCUCUGCAGGCGACGGAUGAUGAGGAAAACAAUUUCUGUUAUCUAAUCCCUGAAUACUGCAGAGUUCCUGCAAGAUAUCAAACCCUUGGAGAAACCAAGGAGGUCCACCAGGGCUGGGUCACCACCUUGGUGCCCCCAACCUGCCUCAGUUCAUGGCGGGGACACCUGAAGAACAUCGUCAGCAUCCGAUACGUCGAAAGAUACCGCAUCAUCCUCACUGCCAGCCAUGACUGCACGGUCAAGCUCUGGAUGCUGACGGGAAAGCACAUAGGUACAUUUGGACAGUCCCUAUGGAGACUGGGUCUCCAGCACCUGAUCCCAGCCGAAGUGCCAGAUGAGAUCCGCCGGGUUGCUUCCCUGCACACCAUGAGGGUCCUCAACGAAGGCCGGCAGCCCCAUUGGGAGAGCACCCGCAACAUUGUCCAUGCACUGGGCCAGCAGAAGAGGCAGCAGUCCUUGCUGUUGGAUUUCCUGCACGUCAAGAGCGGCAGCACAGGGGACACGGCUGGCAAGAUGCGGCAGCUGAUCCAGAAGGAGACCCGGAUGGCCAAGUACACCGACGAAGAAAUCGAAGCCACGUUUCAGAAGUGGGAGGAAUCUGGGAAGGAGAAGAGCGAUAUCCUGGGCUAUGCCUACAAGCAGAAAGUACAUCGUCCAAUGCUGACGCAGCUGCCGGAAGUGAAAGCCUUAGUUGCCAACAAGGACCAUCCCCGGAUCUACCACUGCAUCCAAUACACCGACCUCCACCCCGUGACUGUCCCAGGCAUCCCGAAGGUCUUGCUGGAGUCUCCACUCACGCAGGGCAUGGACCCGCGGCCCAAGAAGGGCAAGAGGUGGUCGGCCGUCUCCGGCAUCAUCAAGCCCACCUUGAGAAGCUACAUGCUGCGGCGCAAGAUGACAAAAACCAGCAGUAAGGAAUGAGCCAGUGCCGGCGGCAGGAAAUUGGAGGAAACGGUGCAGACUCUGGCUCUGCAGAGGAACGUUGGCUUUGGUGGACCAGAAGCAAUUGCAAACUCUUUUGGACUCCUGAGACAUUUGCAUUCCAGCAAUUGGUGUUUGA